GCAGCUUUGCAUGCCAGUUCGAAGGAAAAUAUCAUGACUGCAUUUGACUCCUAGAAGGGAAAGGGGCGCAAAGUGCAGCCGCAAGGAAAAUCGCGCGUCUAUUUUUCAAGGAGUGAGUGAGUGCAGAGAGAGGUUUCUCGUCUUGUUUCGUACGUCGCGUUUUACCCGUUCGACGAGUGACGUGCCUCGGGUCUUCGUCGUGGGCUGGCCGUAGUGUGUGAUACCUUUGAUCCCACGUCUGUUCACACGUCAGUUUCACAACGAUCGGCCGAUACAUCGGUCACCGAUGGAGCUUAUUCGCGCGUGACAACAACUUUUGGGGCACCAGGUUCAAUUUUUGCCAGAUUUUGGUAGCUGUCUACAUUCACAUUACUGUGGCAGCUUUUAUUUUCUUAUAUCCAAUCGACAUGUUUACCACAUGACAUAAACUUCAUUCUAUGAUUAACGAAUAGUAUCAUCAAUGUUUAUGGAAAUUACCUCCGCGCCACAUUUUACGACAAAAAAUAUGCAAAAUUCUGUUAUUAUAAGUACCGAUAAUUUGUCAGAUAUUUAAUGUAACUUUCAACUCUAUCUCCAUGCUUUAUAAAUACAUUUGAUUUGAGAGUCGGUACUACACUGUUUAUGCGUUAGAAACAAUAGAGUUUUUCACGAUAAAGGGCCAUACAGAGAAAAUGAAUAACAGGAUCGAUGAACAGGAGUCGAAAUGGACCUGUGAAUAUUGUACAUACGAAAAUUGGCCUUCAUCUUUGAAAUGCACAAUGUGCAGGGGUGCCAAACCUUUAUUAGGUGAGGACAUUUAUCGUCUUCGAGAUCAGAGUCCGCAACGCUCUGGAUCAAAUGUUGCAUCUGGUCCAGUAACUCAUUUAAGUCCUACGGAUUCUUAUAAUCUUAGUCCUCAAAACUAUAGUCAAAAUGUACCGUCGGGUGGAAAGUGGGCUUGUGCAAUGUGUACCUACCUUAACUAUCAAAAUACCACACGUUGUGUUCAGUGUGGAAAUAAAAAAUCUAUUAAAGGUCUUAAUCAGUCGAUACACUCCAUAGCCUCGAAUUUGCACGAGCAUCUAGCACCCCUCAGGUUAGGAGAUCCGCCACCAAAUUCAGGAUCUAAUCCACCUCCGAUAAAUUUACAUCCAGAAAAAUAUUACAAUAUACAAACUAAUUUACAUCCCGAGAAGUGGUCUUGUAUUGUGUGUACUUACGAAAAUUGGCCAAAAGCCACUAAGUGUGUGAUGUGUGGUAAUCCUAAAGAAAAGGACAAACGGGAUAAAACACCUAAUAACAUGGGCGUUAUUUUGCCGAGUCCGGAAAAGGAUCAUAAUCAGCGUACCUUGUCGUCUCCACCGCACGCACCGUAUAUUCAUCAAACCCAGAGAGACGAGAACAUGGCUGUAGGACGAAGGAGUUCGCAUAGAUAUCCUGACAGCAGAAACGACAGUUUGUCGACUCCUCAAUCCCCAAAUAAUUGCGACUACGAGCGUAGAGUGAAACAAUUAAGACGUCAUACCGAUUGGUGCUGGUUAAAUGCAUGUCUCGGCAUUGUAGAAGGUGACAAUGCUCCCGUCGAAGCUUAUUUGGCAAGUGGCGGCGAUCCUGCUCGUCAAUUGACGCAUUCGGAAGUUCUGCUUCUAAAUAGAAGUAGCGCUUUUGAUGUCGGACAUACUCUAGUACACUUAGCUAUUAGAUUUCAAAGAGAAGAUAUUCUAGCGACAUUAUUAUCACAAAUUGAAGGUUCUGGUUCUGGAAUAAAAAGGGUACCAAGCUAUGUUGCACCAGAUUUGGCUGCUCAAGUACGCAGACACGUCACCAAUAGUAUCCGAUUGCGCAAGGGUUCUUUUCCAUGUUAUUUUGUCACUGACAUAGCUACAUUCGCUUUGCCUGCCGAGGUUGAAGAUUUACCAAGCAUCGUGCAAGAGCAAAUGUUAGAAGAGUUAUUAGAUAAAGAGGCUCAACAACAAUUAGAAGGUGGGGAUGGAGAACCACCAGCGCUGAAUUGGUCUUUAGAAAUUACCGAGCGCUUAGGAAGUCGCUUACAUGCACUUUGGAAUAGAUCUGCUGGAGAUUGUUUGUUAGAUUCAGCAAUGCAAGCUACUUGGGGUGUUUUCGACCGAGAUAACGCUUUAAGAAGAGCUCUCGCCGAUUCUUUACAACAAGCUGGUCAAUUUUUCUACCCUCGAUGGAGGGAAUACGAAGCGUCGCAAGCAUCUAGAAUGUUAGAUUUUACAUUAGAAGAAACUCAGUGGCAAGAAGAUUGGGAAAGCUUGUUAGCAACAGCUGCUCAGCCGGGAAGCGCGUUGGAACAGUUGCACGUGUUUGCUCUUGCUCAUAUUUUAAGGAGACCUAUUAUUGUUUAUGGUGUUAAAUAUGUUAAAAGUUUUCGGGGCGAAGACAUAGGUUACGCAAGAUUUGAAGGUGUUUAUCUUCCACUCUUAUGGGAACCCUCGUUUUGUAUCCGAUCGCCUAUUGCUUUAGGUUACACACGUGGUCAUUUCACGGCUCUAGUUCCCAUCGAACCAUACACGUCAUCUAGAAUACCACCCAUUUCAUCUCACGGUGGUGUAGGUUUAGGCGGUGGCAACGGUCCACUUCAGCAGUUGCAAAUACAAAUGCAAACAACAUUCAUGCCGUUAAUGGACCGUGAACACAAACUCUUACCAAUACAUUUUCUGAGUCCAGAGGAAGUUGGCCGAGAGGAAUCUAUUUUAAAGGAAUGGCUCGACGUGUGUAGGACCGAAGGUGGUGUACUUGUUGCGCAACAAAAACUUCACAAGAGACCUUUACUCGUAGCACAAAUGUUGGAAGAAUGGUUAAAUCAUUAUCGACGGCUCGCUCAAACGAACAAUGCACCCUUCUUGAGACCAGCCGUAUUGCAAGAUUACAGUAGCGACGGCGACACGGAAGACGAAUAACGAGGUGUAACCGGUUAAGUUACUAAAUUUACACGAGAAGACUUUUCUCCGUAAUUUCAUUGUUGCCGCAAUAUCCAUAAACGCAAGAUCUCGAAGAUAUGUAAUUUUCUGAAUGUGGACAGGGAAUGUGUACAGAUGUUACGACUCACUAAUUUUCAUUGGCAAUAUAUUAUUUUUUCCGUAUAAAUUUUGUACAUUAAUAUUGGUCAGCGAAACCGUUGAAUAUUCGAAAUCUUAUUGAU